AUGCCGCCGGUCCGCACUAUGUACACCCGUGAGGAGCUGCUGCGGAUCGCAUCACUUGCCAGCGCCAUGGACCUGGGUCCAGAGGUGUUACGCAAGUUCGACGUCAUCGAGGUUGCAGAGCCAGUCCCCGGCCCGAAGCGCCGUGAGUCAGAGCUGAAUUUCAAGAGCAGCGUGUUGACAGACAACUUUAGCACCAGCACCGCGAUAACGACCACAGGCCCCAAUGGCAGUGGCAACACGGGUGGAAAGGCCAACCACAGCAGCGGCAUGAACGGCGGUGGCAGCAACAACCAUACCAGCAGCUCCAGUACUCCAGGUUACAGUGCCGGAGGCGGCCGUGGCUGUGACAACCGUCGCGGCGGUGGUAAUGGCGGGCGCGAUGACAGUGGCAGUGGCAGUUUUAAACAGUCAGGGUACGACCGCUUUGCGCCGCCUGAGGGACGAUUUAGUCGUGGAAGUCGCAACCAGGAGACCUUUGAGGAGGGAAUCGAGUAUGAGUUGCGGCAGAGCGCACUGCAGAAAAAGCGCGUUGCCGAGACGAUGGAGCGCGAGGAUCGCAAGGGAGAACACCUGAGGCAGGCCCUGGAGAAGUUCAAGCAGGAGGGCAACGACGCCGCGGCCGCAGAGGCGGAGAGAGAGACGGACGAGAUUGAGCGGCUGUUGGCUGGCAUCACAAUGAUCGAUGACGCGCCAAAGACGGUGGUUCGCUCUCGCUUCUUCUCGGCCCAGGGCCCGAUGACUGCCAGCGCCGAGCCGCCGACCGCGAUGCCGCUACCACCACCACCACCAGCUGCGACGACACUGUCUUUCGGGACCACCGCAAGCAGCAGUGCUCCUGCCACGACAGGGGUGCCGCAGGCAAGCGUGCUCGCAACACCCGCCAAGAGUGGAACGCCGGGCUACGCGACGGGGCCGUGGUCAUCCAUGAAGAGUGACUCGAAUCUGUGGAGUACUGCGCCGUCCAUGGCAAGUGCGCUCAAGCAGUCUCUUCAGCAGCCCUCGUCUCCAGCGGCAACGUCACCGCCACUGCAGAUCAGGUCUCAGCAGCCCGCUUUGCAGCAGUCGCAACCACCCACUCGCCCUGCAAGUGAUCCUCAGCCCGGUAAGAGCAUGGGCACAGUUGCCGCGGCCACAUCGACAAAUUCGGUGAGCGCGCAGUCCUCUAGCGGUUCAGGCGGCUUUGGUGUCCAUGCGCCUGCGCAGGCGAGUCUGCCUGCACCUCCGCAGGGCUCCGUACUGGGCUCUGCCAGUGGAAAUAGCAACACCGGUAUCGGAGCUGCUAUAGGCGGCAAGGCUGGCGUGCCGACCAGUGCCGGUCAGCCACAGGGACCUCCUCACACUUCGCCCCAGACUCCGUCUCCCAAUCUUCCACAAGCGUCUCGCCCUGCCCCAGCCACCGCCACCAAGCCAGCGCCGCGCAGUGGUGGGUCGACCGGCGUACCCACAGGCGCCUGGUCAGCUGCGGAACUGGAGUUUCUUUUGAAGAAGGGUACUGCUGUGAAGUCAAGUGCCCCAGCACUGCCGUCGAGCACUGGCGCGUCUGCGACGACGGCGCAAAAGACUCAGCCGAUCACAGCAGCAGAGCUGGAGAGCUUGCUCAUGAAGCGUGCGCGUCAGGGUAGCGGAGCGACCGGCACUGGUAUGAGCACUUUACCUCCUUCGCCUCCCCAGUUUCAGCAGCCGCCUCCGCCGCAGCAAGCAUCGCUUCUUUUUGCGAACCCGGCGAAGACACCGACCAUGCCGGCGAACAGCAACCCUGCGGUUGCGCCACUCUCCCUGCCACAGCAGCUCCCUGCCAGCAUGAUGGCUCCAAACGGUGCGAUGCUGACACCUAAGCAGCCACUUCCUCCGCCGCCGCCGCCGAUGCCAUCGCAGAUGCCUACACAUCCCCAACCGCAACCACCCCACCAUUCGCAGCCGCAGCAGCACCAACAAUCGCCGUGGGUGGCGAUGCCACGGCCGCCGCAGGCUCCGCCGGCCUCGCAGCCUAGCGGUAAUGGAAGCCCUAUGCACAACACACCGCCACUGCAGCCGUUGGCUGCAAAGAUGCAGCACCCUGCUUCAAUGAUGCCGAAUGGGCUCCAGAUGCCCAUGCAGAUGAACCCUCAGGGACAGUACUUUGUUGAUUCGGCUCAGCUGCAGCGAGUCUACAUGACUGGCCAGCCGAUGAUGUUCCGCCGCCCGGAUGGGACCGUGUUCAUGCAGACACAGCACAUGGCUCAGCCACAACCUCAGCAGGCGCCGCCCCACCCGCAGCAACCGUUCAACCCGUUCGGUACGAACGCACAGUUCCUCUUUCAGCAACAGCAGCGCCGCUAG